AUGACUAACGGCCGCGGCGCGGAGGCCCCACAGCCCGCCGAGAACAAGGAAUACGAAAGCCAGGCGGCGCGGCGGCCGAAGCUCCGUACCAUUAUUGAGAGGGAAUUGAGAAGAGAAAGUACCAAUGCCAAGAUCACGACCGGGGAGGAAACGGAACCUUCUCGCUCCGUCUUAUUUACAAUCCCAUUUCUCACUUUAGUGGGUCUGAUGGAAUUUGCGAGUGCUUGGGCCACCUGGGGGCGUUCGGAGUCGGCGAGCUCGGGGACAGCGAGUCGUGACCAGCUCGCGUACCUCAUCGCCUCCCGGUUUGUUCCCGCGGAGCGCGGAGGCCAGGAGCUGCGCAAGGAGGCGGAGGCAUUCCUAGAGAAGUAUGGAUACCUCAAUGAACAGGUCCCCAAAGCUCCCACCUCCACUCAAUUCAGCGAUGCCAUCAGAGCGUUUCAGUGGGUGUCCCAGCUACCUGUCAGCGGUGUGCUGGACCGCGCCACCCUGCGCCAGAUGACUCGUCCCCGCUGCGGGGUUGCAGAUACCAACAGUUAUGCGGUCUGGGCUGAGAGGAUCAGUGACCUGUUUGCUAGACACCGGACCAAAAUGAGGCGUAAGAAACGCUUUGCAAAGCAAGGUAACAAAUGGUACAAGCAGCACCUCUCCUACCGCCUGGUGAACUGGCCUGAGCGCCUGCCGGAGCCGGCAGUUCGGGGCGCCGUGCGCGCCGCCUUCCAGUUGUGGAGCAACGUCUCAGCGCUGGAGUUCUGGGAGGCCCCAGCCACAGGCCCCGCUGACAUCCGGCUCACCUUCUUCCAAGGGGACCACAACGAUGGGCUGGGGAACGCCUUUGAUGGCCCAGGGGGCGCCCUGGCACAACCGCGCGCGCUCAUGGCGCCCUACUACAAGAGACUGGGCCGCGACGCGCUGCUCAGCUGGGACGACGUGCUGGCCGUGCAGAGCCUGUAUGGGAAGCCCCUAGGGGGCUCGGUGGCCGUCCAGCUCCCAGGAAAGCUGUUCACUGACUUUGAGGCCUGGGACUCCCACAGCCCCCAAGGAAGGCGCCCUGAAACCCAGGGCCCUAAAUACUGCCACUCUUCCUUCGAUGCCAUCACUGUAGACAGGCAACAGCGACUAUAUAUUUUUAAAGGGAGCCACUUCUGGGAGGUGGCACCUGAUGGCAACGUCUCAGAGCCCCAUCCACUACAGGAAAGGUGGGUCGGGCUGCCCCCCAACAUUGAGGCUGCUGCAGUGUCAUUGGAGGAUGGAGAUUUCUACUUCUUCAAAGGGGGUCGAUGCUGGAGGUUCCGGGGCCCCAAGCCAGUGUGGGGUCUCCCACAGCUGUGCCGUGCAGGGGGCCUGCCCCACCACCCCGACGCCGCCCUCUUCUUUCCUCCUCUACGCCGCCUCAUCCUCUUCAAGGGUGCCCGCUACUACGUGCUGGCCCAAGGGGGACUGCAAGUGGAGCCCUACUACCCCCGAAGUCUGCAGGACUGGGGCGGCAUCCCUGAGGAGGUCAGCGGCGCCCUGCCGAGGCCCGACGGCUCCAUCAUCUUCUUCCGAGAUGACCGCUACUGGCGCCUCGACCAGGCCAAACUGCGGGCGACCACCUCAGGCCGCUGGGGCACCGAGCUGCCCUGGAUGGGCUGCUGGCACGCCAACUCAGGGAGUACCCUGUUCUGAAGGCACCUCCUCAUCUCAGAAACUGGUGGUGCUCUCAGGGCAAAAUCGUGUUCCCCACCCCUGGGGCAGAACCCGUCUUAGAAGCCUCUGAGUCCCUCUGCAGAAGACCAGGCAGCAAAGCCCCCAUCUGGAAGUCUGUCUGCCUUUGUUCCUUGAAGAAUGCAGCAUUGUCUUUGUCUGUUCCUACCACAUGGAGGUGGGGGUGGGAUCGAUCUUAGGAAAAGCAAAAAAGGGUCCCAGAUCCCUUGGCCCUUUCCUUCAAGGACUUCUAUCCUCCCCAGGCCUUUGUUUCUUCUGCUAAAGGUACAGUUCCUUUCAAGAGGUGACAGCACUGGGAUCCAAACAGCGGGAUGAAAAACUCAGCAGAGAGAUUAGAGACCAUUUUGCAAGACUGCCCUUCUCCUCAGGACCUCCUGGCUCAGUUCUUAGAAAACGGUGUCAUAUUUAGUCAGAGGCCGCACCCCCAGGAAGCAUGGAUGGGGAUGAGGGCAUAGGUGUCUCCAACCUCAGAGGCCCUUUGUGGGGUCAGGACGCAGAGUGGGAGGGAGACUGAUGCAGGCCUGCCAGUCCCUGGCUUUUUGUCCGGGGCUAGAAUAAAGAGGGGCCUUCAGCUGGUGGGCCGAGAGGCAGGAAGCAGCCUU